AUGGACGUCCGCGAUGCACACCAUGUCCUUCCCGCCGACUCGCUGGCUAAACAUAUAGAGCCUUCUCAGGCCCAGCAACAAGCCAUCACUGCCCUCAAAGAUGUCGUCUUUGGUUCCUUUGCCGGCAUGGCUGGCAAGUACAUCGAGUAUCCCUUCGACACUGUCAAAGUUCGCCUACAGUCUCAGCCCGACAACAUGCCCCUCCGAUACACCGGUCCUGUCGACUGCUUCCGCCAGUCCUUCCGCCGCGACGGUCUAGCAGGCCUCUACCGCGGCAUUAGCGCUCCUCUGUUUGGAGCUGCCGUCGAAACCAGCAGUCUGUUCUUCAGCUACCAAGUCGCCCAAGACACCCUUCAGGCCACCGUCUACAAAAACACCGACCCUCUCCCGCUACACGCUCUGAUCGGUUGCGGUGCCUUCUCUGGCGCCUUCGCUUCGCUGCUUCUCACCCCGAUCGAGCUCAUCAAGUGCAAGAUGCAAGUCCCUGUCGAGACCUCUCCAGGCGUUUUUGCUCGUCCAAAGCCCCUCAGCCUGAUUUCCUCGGUCUACCGCCACUACGGCAUCGCUGGCUUCUGGCAUGGACAAAUGGGAACCCUCAUCCGCGAGAUGGGUGGUUCGGCUGCUUGGUUCGGCGCAUACGAGUCCGUCACUCUGGCCUUCAAGAACCUGCAGAAAGAGAACAAGACACUUGCAGACACCUCCCUGCCUCUAUACCAGCAAAUGAUUGCUGGCGCUGCUGCUGGCAUGAGCUACAACUUCCUCUUCUAUCCCGCCGACACCAUCAAGUCGCGUAUGCAGACAGAAGCCGUUGGCGCUCUCCUCCCCGGUCAGAAGCAGAAGACUUUCGGCUCAGUCGCUCGCGCAGUCUGGAGACAGCAUGGCCUCAAGGGCAUGUACCGUGGUUGCGGUAUCACCGUCGCUCGCUCUGCACCCAGUUCUGCCAUCAUCUUUUCCAUUUACGAAUAUCUCAAGAAGUCGUUUGCAUAA